UCCACUAGGAAAAGAAAACCCUUUACACAGAUUGCUUCUGAGGAUGAAAGCAAUACUGUAGCACGAAAAAAGUCUAGAAGACCUGAGGAUACUGCCAAUAAUAAUUCUAGUGAUUGUCAUAGACGUGCUGGAACAAUAAAUUUCAUGGUUUUGAAAAACUUCAUGUGCCACUCAUUGCUUGAAGUAAAUUUCACCAAUAACAUUAGCAUUAUCAUUGGCAAGAAUGGCAGUGGAAAGAGUGCCAUUUUGACUGCAUUAAUUGUUGGACUUGGAGGAAAAGCCUCGCUAACUAACAGAGGAAGUAGCGUGAAAGGUUUUGUUAAGGCUGGUAGACAGUCUGCAAGCAUCGAGAUUGAGUUAUGCAAUGAGGGUCCGAUGGCGUAUAGACCUAGUGUGUAUGGCAAAAAAAUUCAUGUUAUACGUAAUCUGACUGCUAGUGGAGGAGGAUCCUACAGGGUUCGUUCUGAGAAUGGAGAAGUGAUAUCCACACAAGCAAAGGAAGUUCAAAAUAUUGCAGCCAGCUUGAAUAUACAAGUCGACAAUCCAAUCUGCAUUUUGAAUCAGGAUACAUCUAGAAACUUUUUGAGCAGUAAUGAUCCAAAAAACAAAUUCACAUUGUUCAUGAGAGCUACAAGGCUAGAGACACUUGAAUCAGAGUAUAAGAAAGUCCAGGGAAAUAAGAGAGACUCUGUUAGAAUUAUGGAAGAAAAAGAAGAAAACUUUAGAAAGCUACAGGAUGAAAUCAAACGCCUGAAAAAGAAAAUCGAAAACCACAAAUCAAUUAUUUCUUUGAAAGAUAGGAAAGGUUUAUUGCAAAGAGAGCUAAUUUGGGCGAAAGUAAGAGAUGUGGAAGAAGAAUUGGAGCAAGAAAAACUUGGUGUGGAAACAAUUGAGAAAAAAUUGAAUGAUGUCAAAGCAAAUUCAGAUAAACGUAAUGAUAGAGUAAAUAAACUCAAGGAAAACAUAAGAACUUUGGAACAUCAGAUAUUAGAAGUGAAAGAACAAAUUGAAGUGCAGAAACGACCUCAGCUAGAUUUGAAGACCCAAAUGGAGGAGCUUUCUCAGAAAUUGGGUAUGAAGAAGCGUGAAAAACAGCAAAUUCAGACGUCAAUACAAUCGAAAAAUUCUGAUAUUCAGUCAAUUCAACAAGAUAUCUCUUCUGCAAAUGACAAUAUGUCAAAAGUUGAACAACAAAAAAUUGAGAGGAUAAAAAACUUGGCUGCUCUGCAGGAUAAACUCAAAGGAAUGGAUGACCAUUUAGAAACUUCUAAGAAUGACUUGUUUCAAAUCAAAAGUGAUCUGUCGAGAAGGGAAUGUGAAGAACAAAAUCUACAUGCUGAAAUCACUAUGAUAGAUAGUAAAAUUGCUAAUGAGAGAAAUAACCUAAAUGCCAUUCAGGCAGAAUCAGGAAAUAACCUUCUUCUGUAUGGACGUGAUGUACCCAAAAUCAAACAAAUGAUUGCUCAGUACAAAAAUAGAUUUCAACAAGAACCCAGAGGCCCUCUAGGAGCCUACAUCAAAUUGAAAGAUAAACAAUGGGCAGUGGCGGUUGAAGGUUUUAUUGGUCCCGCUACCUUAUGCGCCUUCGCAGUCGAUAACAACCAAGAUAAUAAAUUAUUGAGGGAAAUAUUCACCAAAGUACUUGGUAAACAGAGACAACCGCAAGUCAUCACUUCGAAAUUUAUUUUCAAGAAACAUGAUGUGACACGUAAUAUGGUGUACGAACCAAAUGGAUGUGUGAGCCUUUAUAACGCACUAGAAGUUUCCGAUCCCGUUGUUUCGAACUGCAUUGUCGACAGCUGUAGUCCAGAAAAUAUUCUUCUGAUACCUGAUGAUCGCACGGCUCAGGAGUUGCUCUCAGAUAGACAACGUGUACCCAGAAAUUGUCACCAAGGUGUUACAGCCAAAGGUGACAAGUACUAUCCCGAUCCAAGUUAUAGGACUUAUGCUUCCAAUUACCAUAGAGCAAAGUUUCUGCAAGUGGACACUAAAGAAUAUAUAGUUCAAUUACAACAGAUGUUGCAAGACUUACAGAACCAAAAACAGACGGUGAAAACUCAGCUGGAUGAAUUUACCAGGGAUAUGAGAAAACAAGUGAACUCAAAGAAUCAGUUGGAAGAGAAAGUCAGGAAAGUUAAUAUGGCUCGUGCUCAAAUAAGAAGACAGUUAGAAGAGUUGAAUUCAAGUGCUGAACCUGAAGUUCAAAAUAUUCAGUUUUUGGAACAAGAAUUACAAGAAAUAAAAAAAUCCCUGAAUGAAAAAACUGCUGCUUUGGAAGGGCUGAAUGAACAAAUAAGAGAAAUACGCAGUGCCAUGGCAGAAAAAGAGCAAAAUUUGACUCAGUUGAAGGGUUCUACAAAAGGACUAGAAGAAAGACUUCAAUCACUUAAGGAUGAAGUUCGAGAGACACAAACUAAACAGAAAGAAAUAUCGACAAGUGGUGAAUUCGACCAAAGACGUAUCAGAGAUUAUGAAACAAAGCUACUUGAUGCUCGGUCCCAAAUGGUAUUGAAACAAAAUACUGUCAAAAAUUGUACCACGGAAGCAAGUUCAGUCGGAGAACGUCUAUCAGAUUUGAGGAGAGUACCUGUCAUUACACAAGAGAUAAAUGAAAUUAAACACAGAAUCACCAAAAUAGAAACUGACACGGAAAAUUUCGAAGAAGUGAAGGACCGAUAUAACGAGCUGUCUGAAAAAUUCUUGAAGUCUGCUGAUAUCAUGAAGAACUUACAAACUGACGUGAAUGAGUUAACCAUCGCAUUGGAGAAACGAAAUAGACAUUACAAACUUACUGAAAGUUACUUUAUAACAUACAUGAAGUAUUCCUUCAAGAAAAUAUUAGAGUAUCGACAGUUUAAGGGAACUAUAGAUAUUAAUAUGAACGAGAAGAAAUUGGAGCUGGUAGUGAUACCUCAGCAUGGUUCACAAGGUCUAACUACUACAUCAAACCUUUCUGGAGGAGAGAGGUCAUUCUCUACAGUUGCCUUUUUAUAUGCUCUGUGGCAGUGCAUGGAAUUUCCUUUUUACUUUCUCGAUGAAUUCGACGUUUAUAUGGACAAGCUAAAUCGUACUAAAGUUAUUGAUAUACUUCUGCAUCACGCGAAGUCUAGACCACAGCUACAGUUCGUGUUCCUGACACCUCAGGAUGUUUCUUUCAUCAAUAAAGACGUUGCACUUCUUAGGUUGGAAGAUCCAGAAAGAUUUAAUGUUUAA